AUGGCGACUGAGGUAUAUGACUAUAUCAUCGUGGGCGGGGGAACAGCAGGCUGCGUAGUAGCCUCCCGCCUGAAAGAAAAGAAUCCCACACUAUCAAUCGUCAUCAUCGAAGCAGGUCCCGAUGUUAGCAAGCACCCUCUUGUACCAGAUGCAGCAGAUUAUCCUCAGCUUCUCGGCUCGGAGCUAGAUUGGAAUUAUACUACAGUGCCGCAGAAAUAUCUGGAUGGGCGAUCGGUCUCUAACCAUGCAGGAAGGGCACUUGGGGGGAGUAGUGUCACUAACGCCGGGGGCUGGUUCCGAGGCGAAAGAGCAAAUUACGAUCUCUGGGGACAGACGGUCGGUGACUCGCGAUGGAGCUAUAGUGGACUUUUGCCCUACUUCCGUAAGGUGGAGUCACAUUUUGAUCCGAAGGGUGAUCAGGAGCAGCAUGGAUUCCAUGGCCCGAUGAAGGCGGAGUCUGUCACAUUCACGGGUCGCAAUUAUCCCCUGCGUCCUUUGGUAAAGGAUGCAUGGGCUGCUGUCGGUGUGCCUUUGGUCCCGGACAUCAAUUCUGGUGAUCCUAUUGGAUUGGCCGAGGUUGUUGAGAACAAGGUCAGGGGCAUGCGGCAGACUGCUGCAUCUGAAUAUCCGCUCAAUGUCACUAUCUUCACAAACACCAUGGUCAAGCGAGUCGUUUUCGAAGAGCGCAAUGGACGAAAGAGAGCCAUUGGUGUGGAGAUUGCAGAUGAGGAAAUUCGUCUCAUUUCUGCAAAGCGCGAGGUCAUCAUCUCGACUGGUACGUAUCGAACACCCCAGAUUUUGAAGCUUUCUGGUAUCGGACCAGCAGACGAGUUGAAACGUCACGGUGUGGACCUGGUACUUGACUCUCCAGCCGUCGGCCUCCAUUUCCAAGACCACCCGGGUGUUGUUCAAUGGUGGAAGUUGAAACAUCCAGAACGAGGACUCGCAGUUGGAUCCCCGGCUUUCAAUGAUUCCUUGUUCUUCAGAGGUCAACCUAUCGAUUUUGCGGCAACACAGCCCGUCCCUCUGGACGGAUUACGUGCUGCAUUACUUCGCGAUGAUCCAAAUUGCAAAUUGGAUGACCAUCCAUUGAUCUCGCAGAAAGGACAUCUAGAAAUGUUAGUCUUUUACGCUGGAGGAAAUCCCGCUAAUCCCACAAUUGAGAUGGACGGAUCUCACAUUGCCACUAUCGUGGUUGGUAUGCUUCCAACUUCGCGCGGAAGCAUAACUCUCAAGGACAAUAAUCCACACUCUAUGCCACUAAUAGACCCUAAUUACCUUGCCACUGAGGCUGACAGGUAUAUGAUGCGUGCUGGUAUUCGAAAGAUACGCGAAAUGGUCCGUGAGACACCAGCCGGGCAGGAGAUGAUUGACAGUGAGACGGUCGAAGACGGGGCUACAUCCGUUCAAGUGGAUACUAGCGAUGCAGAAAUCGACAGUCUUGUUCGACGUCGAGCUAUGACUAUGUUCCAUCCUGCUGGAAGUGCCUCGAUGGGCAAGGUAGUUGACAAUCAACUUCGGGUUCGUGGAGUGGAUGGCUUGCGCAUUGUAGAUGCAAGUGUCAUUCCUGUUCCAUUGACAGCACACAUUCAAAUGUGUGUUUAUGCUCUAGCGGAGCAAGCUGCAGAUAUCAUUGCUGAUGCUAAAAGGUCUGCGCAUAAGCUAUGA